CAGCAAUCUCGCCGCAUUGCAGUUCGCUAUUUCCGAGAGGCAGGAGAUAUUGCUCUGAAGCACAUUUUAACAGCUGCGCAUCAGAAUGCUGAAGCUCGGCAUUGCGUAGGACCACUCAGAGGACCUAGAUGCUCAUUGUGCUCGCUAGUUGGACAGACAUAUUGUCGGCACCCGAGACCCGACGUACCCUCUCGGACGCGACUGCAUACGACAAGCAAUGGCUAAUAUAUCGCCGUCAGGUGCGGUUGUGCCAGCUUCGUCUUUCUCGCCGCAUCUCAAGAGCAAGGAUGUAGCAGUCUCGGGUUCGAGCAUACAGGUCACAGCAACUACGAACGAAGACGAACAGGUGGAGGGGAGCAAGAAGGAUAAGAAAAAGAGGUGGUCCAGAGCCUUCACUUUUCUGAAACGUAGGAAGGGAAAGAAAGAGACGCCUAAUUCGCAGACAACCGUGGUAGUGGAUGAGUUGAAAGGAGAAGCCGAACCCCUUACCGCCAUUGAGGUCCUAGUUGAUCCUGAGCAAGCACAAGCAGCUCCGCUCCUCAAAGUAGCCGAGGCUGGACAGCAAACUGAAUUACAACCACCCAGCGACGCUCAGCAUACUACGGCGGGUUCGCAAGCCCACAAUGCUACCGGUACAACCAGCCCUCCAUCUUCUGACUGGGUCCCUCCCAGGCCUAUCAUACCAGAACUCAAACCUGCACCUGCCUCGGCUUCCACUACCCCACAAACAACUCCCCCACCACUCCCCCAGCCCCCUGCCGCCUCAAUAGCUCCAAUCCCUCUCCCAGCCCCUCCUCCCCGACCUGUAAUCGCUAUCCCAUCCUCCUUCCAUGCUCGCACCCGCGAGGACACACACCUCAUCGCCAAUGCCAUUCUCGCUGCCGCUCGCAGCGACCCCUCACUACCCUCCCAGAAAACCCCCAAUCGCACAUUCACAUCCACCACCGCAUCCCCAUUCACAGCCACGUCUACCUACCAAUCAUCUUCUGCUCCGCAUAUAACUACAACGUCUACGACUAAAUCAAGGACAAUCGCGAAUGUAGGAUAUCACGAUGGGAAAGGUGCGGCGGGUUGGAGUGGUACAAGGGGCGUGGAUUGGGAGUACCCGUUGAAUAAGAAGAUUGGCGGGAAGAAGGUUUUGGCGGGGUAUGCACAUUGUCAGCCAGGGAGAUAGUGUAGGUUUGAGUUUUGGGGGGAUUGGAGUUGGGUCUGAGGCCUGGAAUUUUGUUUGAUGUCAGCGUUGAUGAUGAUGUUAGCGUUAUAGAGAACUGCGUGACCGCACUCAGUGGUGCUGCUGCAAUAGCCCUUCGGUUGGAGGGACAGACUUGUGAUUAUCUUGCCUGCUUUGGCGGUGGGUUUUGGCGUUU